AUGGCACCCUUACGCGCUGAUAACGAACUAUCCCAACUUCGGAUCAAAGGACGAGCCUACGAUCGUGGCGAUGGAAAAGCGAGAAGACAGAUCUCUACACUUCGCACACGAAUUGACGACCUAGCGACUGCAAUCCUCCUCGGCCAAUUCUCGACUGCGCCUUCCAACUUUACACCUAAGAAUGUUGAAGCUCUAGAUGCUCGAGGAAAGCCCACCAAGGAGUGGCAGAAGCUCUAUGCAGAACAGGACCGGCUUCGUGCUCGCAUUAAGUCACGGUCACCGGCUGGCCAGAUCGCUACUACGAAUGCUUACUAUGAUCUGGCGCAACAGCAUGCUCCCCACCUCGUGCAGGCUGCGACAUCCCGGAACUUGACAAGAAACACCAAAGCCAGCGCAAAGAAGAACGAAAACACCCCAGCUGGUGCUCCAGAAAGCAGCUCAACUUCAGCCACAUCAAUAUUGCCCGGUGCUACGUCCGCUCCUGCAACGUCCGCUCCUGCAUCGUACAGAGAAUCUCAGACCCAACAGCCCGUCGCGUCAGACGAUUUCCCUACAUCGAGCCAGCAUCAGUACAGCGUCUACCUACCUGGAUACCGAACCCAAGACGAAGAAGAUCUGCUUGCUGGCGCAUCUGUAAACCGCAAGGUAGUCAGGUCGCCCGAAAACGUACUUGACACUCCGGAUCAUGAGCAGAAGCUUGCACGUCCAGUCAAAACGGGCUCGUCGGAUGCUACGAUGUUUUUCCAGUCAAGCAACGGAAAGCAAAUCCCGGAUGCUAUACACUCGUCGACCCCGUCAAUAGAAGCACGAACUCUGUUAGCCGGGACAGGCUACUCCGUAACUCCUGCAAAUCAUGCACCAGAGAUACUACACACACGCAUGACCGCAUACUUUCCAACGUCUCCUGGAUCUCUACCAUCCGCCGGCUUAUCUACCGAUCGCGGACACGGAUCUGCAGGGACAGUGAAAGGCACAAGUCCGUAUGCCGAGCCGCCAGCUUCACUCGAUACUACGGACACGCAUACGUCGAGCGGCCAAGACGGGUAUAUAGUGCCUGCAUACUCGUCCGGGAAAGCGGUAUCUUCAACGGAAUGUGAAGACAAAAGCGAGGAGGAUGGGCAGCGUGGGCUUUGGUCGAAAUCCAGCAAUUCUCUAUCGUCAAAGUCUCCCAUCCCAAACAUACGGGGGACCUCUCCUGCCUUGGCCGAACAUUUUGGACACAGCGAGCCGCCAGAGAGUGUGUCGUUCCCGAGCUCAGGACAGCAUGAUGAUGGCAAUGAAUAUCUGCCAUCAUUUGCGCAUGCUAGCACAGAAGAUUUCGAGCCGGCCGCGACCGUACAAACUAAAAGUGCGCCACCCUUUACAGCCUUUCAGUACACUGGAGACCAAAGCGCAUCCAGCCUACCAGCAGACAGUAGACAUGGUGCGAAUGAUCGGACGCAGAUUUACCCUCCUCUCGCAAUCCCUGCCCGGGAUCAGGAAUUCAAUGACGGGCAUGCGCAUGAUUCCAUGAGUGCUGUCAGAGCAUGCCGGGACAUAGCGUCGAUGCGGACGACGGAGAGAGUCCCGGCUGUUACGGAAAGCGAGGACAAGAUGACAGUCGGGAACUCGAAGUCGCACGACCCAAUGGACUUUAUCUGUACAGAACAGGCGAAGUCGAGCACGGAGCUGCAGAUGGAAAUUGCCACGUCGAGUCAGACGUCUAUCACGGACACGUCAAGGUCGAGCGACGAGGGAAUCAAAAGGUGCUCAUCGUCGAGCAGAGAGGCGGAGGAGAGGUGGUCAGCGUCGAGCACUGGACAAGGGAGGAGAUCCGAAAGGUCGAGCGAGGAGGUGGAGAGGGGUUGGCCGGCGUCGAGCACCGGACAAGGGAGGAGGCCCGCGACGUCGAGCAAAGAGGUAGAAGGGGGGUGUUCAGCGUCGAGCAUUGGACACGGGAGGAGGCCCGCGGCGUCGAGCAAGGAGAUGGGAGAGAGGUAG